AUGAUCAUGGGACCUGUCUCCAUGCUCUUGGAUGACCAUUGGAGUUUGCCACCUCUCACGAGGGCCUUACUAGCCGCUGCAGUGCAUCUGGGCUACUUGUGUGGAUGCCUGCUCUCUGGCCUUAUCGGAGAUCGUCUUGGUCGGAGGCCCUGCGUCCUCAUGUCGUAUCUUCUCAUGGGAGGGUUCGGCUUCGCCUGCUCAUCUGCUUCAACUGAAAUGCUGAUGCUAGCGUAUCGCUUCGGAACAGGCAUAGGGUGUGGCCUUGGUAUACCUGCUGUGUUCGCCCUCCUCACUGAGGUCUCCCCUUCGAAGCAUCGAGCCGAGGGGCUCAUCAUGAUGGCAUCCUCUGUCGUCUUUGGAGAGCUCUACGCUGCAGCUGGCGUGUUAUUCGUCGACCCCCAGUUAGCCAAAAGCGGUGACCACUGUGACAUUCAUCUCCUCAGCGUUAUGCAGGAGGCCGGUCAUCAGAUCUGCUCCUGGAGAACUCUACUACAAAUUGCCGCGGUGCCAUCACUGCUCAUGGUUAUGUUCGCGCUCACUAUGUUAUGGGAGUCCCCGCAGUUCGUAACAGUCCGACAUCGCGACUAUCAGGAAGUGAAUAGAAUCCUGAAAGCUGUGCGGAAGUCCAAUGGGGCCUAUCAAGUACCCAUAAGAUUCACUCCCGACUCACGAGUCGUCCGGGAGCAGCCCUUCACCCUACGGCCGACUCCCGCUGCUCGAGAGGUAUGUGCAUUUGAGACAAUGACUGGUAAACACUACUCCGGAACGGUAUGGACGUUAAUUCUGGUCACUGCAUGCAAGGAUUUCUCACUAUACGGCCUUACUUACAUUCUUCCACAAUAUUUCCGCAACAUCAAGACGAUGUCGAUCGGCUUGCAGCUGGUACUAUCAAGUGCUCUGGCUGUUCCCGACUGGAUGGGCACUGCUUCUGCGUACACUCUGAAAGGACUGGUCCUGGGGUACUUCUCGGUGGUGUCCACCUACACUGCCGAAGUAUUCCCCACCAGCUGUAGAAUGACGGUGAUUGGGAUCAUCUCUGGUAUAGGCCGUUUAGGUGGGGUAGCUGCGCCCCUCCUACUCGAGGCCUCCAAGCAAUACUACCAGCAGACGUUCGACCUGUUCAUCACGAUGGUCAUCAUCCUUAUGGUCGCAGCGACGACAGCCAGUGGCAUCAACUUGAUUUGGAUCGGCAUGAUGUCGAACCUCGAGCCUUGGAAGGAUAAAUAUACAUUCCAUUAG